CAAAAAUGAACUCAAUUCUACACGACGGCUUUUUUCAUCAACACGAUCACCAUCACCAUGACGAUCACCACGACCAGCACCAAGAAAUUAAUCUUUUGCAGCCACCGAAAGUGUGUCUCCGCACAAUGAGCAAAAGCGACCCGCACCUCGACAUCCCACAUCUACUAGUCAGCCAGGACGAAGCUCAUCCAUCUCUCAAUAAGAUCAUGUCUAACUUGCAACAUGUGCAUGAAGGACUCAAGACUCCGGUCUCCUCACAUCCAAAUCUUCAGUCGCUCCGCCGAGAGAACGAGUUCCAAGACAAGAACGUCAGCUCGGCAGCUCUGCUGUCUCAAGAGAGUCUUCAUCAGCCACCACUUCGCAAGUCCUCAUCGGCCAUUGACUGGAACGGCGCCGUCGUCGAAGCUACUCGCAAAACUUCUAGGCAAUUCGACUGGCAAACCGCUUUGUUCGACAACAGCCGCAAGACCAGCUUCUCGAACCUCCAACCAUUUUCGCAAGCACAACAGGGCGGCUUGGUUAUGAGCAAUCUGGAUAAUAAGCAACAAGGAAUGUCCGUCGCUACUGCAACCAUGCCACAACAGCAGAAUAAUUUUGCUCAAACCCUUUCUCAAUCGUCAAGCACUGCUUCUGCUCCAGCACCAACAAGUGCGCCAGUCACAACUCCAGCUCCAGGAUCAAGGGGAGCUGCCUUGUUCGGAGGAGUCUUCCACCGUGGAUUCUUCUCGAAGCCAGUCGAGCGCACCGAAGAGGAAAACUACCGUUACUUGAUGGCUCUUGAUCGUUAGAAGAUUCACCUAUUGGAUCUUUACUCUCUGCCACUUGCAUCACACAAAAAUCAUUUUCUUCCAUGUUAACCUUCCUUGUCUUAUUGCCCCCCCCCCCCCCCCCCCCGCCUACUAUUUUCAAAAUUUCCUUCCCUUAACUUUAACUCGACCCUACCCAGAUCUCCUGAGAGGGCAAAAAGAAUGAGACAUUACUAAUGAUCACUGUUCCCAAUCGUCCAUCCUGCAUACCUAACCAGACCAUCUUACCAUGUGUCUCAGGUCACACCGUUGCCGUUUUGCGUUCCCCAUAUUGCUACUGACUUACGAGUGUGAAGAGACCCAUUGGUAAAAGAGGAAAUCUCUGUUUUUUUUUCUUUUUUUCUUUGUUUUGAAAUAUUCGUUACCCACUGUUUUAGGACGAAUCCCAUUUUUUUCGAUUUUCCUCUUUGUGAUGCUAUCCACUUUAGGAUAACCCGAAUUAUUAUUACUUCGCACGGGUCUGGGGGUAGCACCAGGUAUUCUUCACCUGUCAUAUGUAUAAUCCAACCGCACACCAAUCACCUCAUCUGCUCUUUUUAUGUCUCCUUCAUGUUUUGAUUCUCCAAUUUGAAACCAAAAUAAUACAUAUUUUAUUCCC